UUUCCCACAGAUUUUUAGAGGCAACACCUUCGCGUCCUGACCCCAAACUGCAGGUUGCAUUGGUUCACAGCAUGACUGUUGCCACAGGCGACCCAGUUGAUGAAGCCGCAGCUCUCCCGGGUCAGCCACAGGACACGUAUGACCCGGAACCAGACCAUGAGUGCUGCGAAAGGGUGGUCAUUAAUAUCUCUGGCCUGCGUUUUGAGACGCAGCUCAAAACUCUGUCCCAGUUCCCAGAGACAUUGCUCGGGGACCAAAAGAGAAUGCGCUACUUUGACCCCCUGAGGAACGAGUACUUCUUCGACAGAAACCGCCCAAGUUUUGAUGCCAUUCUCUAUUACUACCAGUCAGGCGGCAGGCUGCGGAGACCUGUCAAUGUGACACUGGAUAUUUUUUCUGAGGAGAUACGUUUUUACGAGCUCGGGGAAGAAGCCAUUGAGAUGUUCAGGGAGGAUGAAGGAUUUAUUAAGGAGGAGGAGAAACUCCUGCCAGAAAAUGAGUUUCAGAGGCAGGUGUGGCUGCUCUUUGAGUACCCUGAGAGUUCAGGGCCUGCCCGGAUUAUUGCCAUCAUUUCCGUCAUGGUCAUCCUCAUAUCUAUAGUCAGUUUUUGCCUGGAGACACUUCCCGUGUUUCGCAGUGAGGAACUGGACCCCCACAAAACGUCCAGGAGCUCCAACUCAACAAGCAGCUACACCUCCACCUACUUUACUGACCCCUUCUUCAUCCUGGAGACCCUUUGCAUCAUAUGGUUCUCCUUUGAGUUCCUGGUGCGUUUCUUUGCAUGUCCCAGCAAAGCGGGCUUCUUUGUCAAUAUCAUGAACAUCAUUGAUAUCGUGGCUAUAAUACCUUACUUUAUCACCUUGGGCACCGAGCUAGCAGAGAAGCCGGAGGAUGGUCAGCAAGGCCAGCAAGCCAUGUCACUUGCCAUUUUGAGGGUCAUCAGAUUAGUGCGAGUCUUCAGGAUCUUCAAACUGUCCCGGCACUCGAAAGGGCUGCAGAUUCUCGGGCAAACGCUUAAGGCCAGCAUGAGGGAGCUCGGUCUGCUCAUCUUCUUUCUCUUCAUCGGAGUCAUCCUGUUUUCCAGUGCCGUCUACUUCGCCGAGGCGGAUGAGGCUGACUCGCAGUUUAUUAGCAUCCCUGAUGCUUUCUGGUGGGCCGUAGUCACCAUGACGACUGUAGGGUACGGUGACAUGGUUCCAACGACCAUCGGAGGCAAGAUUGUGGGAUCCCUGUGCGCUAUCGCUGGUGUGCUGACCAUCGCCUUGCCCGUGCCCGUCAUAGUCUCCAACUUCAACUACUUCUACCACAGAGAGACAGAGGGUGAGGAACAAGCCCAGUACCUUAACGUGACCAGCGUCCCCAAGAUAGACUCCUCUGAGGACCUCAAAAAGAGCCGCAGCGGGUCAACCAUGAGCAAGUCUGACUACAUGGAGAUCCAAGAAGCUGUGAACAACAGCAAUGAGGACUUUCGAGAGGAGAACAUCAAGACCGGCAACUGCACCCUAACCAACACUAACUAUGUUAACAUCACCAAAAUGCUUACAGAUGUAUAACCGCAUUGAACUGCCUUGACGAAGAAGGUGAGAUGAAGUAGGGGAUUGCAACCCCCCCCCCUCCUCGGUUUUGAAGGCUUCAGUCGCCUCAUGCAAGAGUUUCAAGACGGGAGAAUUGAAAUGUGUCCAUUUGAGCGAAGGAUCGGUAAAGAAGACCUCUCCAUCAUUCCAUCCUCAUCAUUCCCUGUCACAAGUUCUGGAAAACUUGAUCGGCGGAGGACGUUGUUUUGCAUCCUCGUGUUCAGUGUCUGCAUGGAGUUUGUCUUUUCUAUGUGACUGUUCUAGUAGUCGUUCUGCUUGCAACAGUAGCCAAAUCGUAGCCUAACCUAUAGAUGCAAGCGUUACAUAAGAGGGACCAAUUCCUACUCCCAUUUGCCCAUUCACUGCCAACCUGAGGACCCCUUGAGUGUAUUUGUACCUGGGAAGAACAGCAAUUUUGUCACUCCAAAUUGAUAAGUGGCUUUAAAACACGGAGGAGUUGAUGUAUAUUCGUGAAGAAUCACCACGGAGGAUGUAUUUUUCUGUGAAUGCACAAAACGCUGCCUGUCCUGCCAGCCGCAAUAGCGUACCACGUGAGGUAUCUAAAAUUGUUACAUUCCAUCUUGUGAUGGAGAAAUACAUGCAUGACCGAUAUCGGGGGCUUGAAAAGUCGGUUAAACUGCCACUUUUCUCUAUCUCUACGACCAUUUUUCCCUCUUUUGCUGCCUAGGAUCUCAGUGUGUCCCAUGUUAGAGUUAACAGACCUGAAAUAGGAACGACGGUUGUUUUGAAGUCGCCCAUUUUUCCAUCGUCGUCAUUCCACUAUACUGCAUGAGCAGCUGCCCUCCAUUGCAUCAUUUCCUCAUGUCACUUACUUUUCCCAGCAUUGUAAACUUCCGAGCAUUCCAUGUGUAUGAGAAAUGUCUUUUGUAACAACGAUCUACCCCUACAAAGCGCCUGACAGGGGCUGCGGGAGUGUAGAUAUUUUACUGUGACAUUGCAGCCAACAACAGCAAAACUCACUAAGUCAGGUCACCAAAGAUGAAGUUCACUGCCGUUAUUAAAUGCAUUUUUAUGUUCUUUUUACAUUUUAGUGCCAUUUCAUGGUGCAUCCUGCUCAUAAUAUGAUGCUGGAGAAUUUGGAUAAAACGAUGCUUCCUUGAAUAGCUUUUUGUAAGAGAUGAUAGGAAAUAUUCUACUACUUUUGUGGUGCAUGUCUGGUACACAUUCCUUGUAGCAUGCAUGUAGUAAGAAUGAUACUUACGAAACUAGGAAUAAGUAUUCAUAUCUUUAUCAAUAUAAAUAUUUUUCUCUGUGAGAUUAACGGUAUGUGCAAUAUUAUAAAUGCUUGUUCUUCGUUUUGAGGUCGCAAGAUUUUGCAAAUUGUUUUGUAUGUUAGUAGGCUAAUACAUUAGAUAUAGUGUAAUAGCCAACUUUCAGGGUCGAAUACCAUCAAGGUUGUUCAUAUCUUGGUUUAUGCGGGAA